AUGCCCGGUGGUUUUGCACCUCCCCAGAGUGGGCAGCAGGGGCAGAAUAUGGCUGGCUCAGCCUCCCCCGAGAUGGCCAAGAUACCUCUGGCUGAGCGGCUAGCUCACGAUCCCCAUGAGAGGCCUCCAGACGACUUCCCUCCCAACGAGACCCUCUAUAUCAACAACCUCAAUGAUCGAGUGAAACCUGAAGAGCUUAAGAAAUCGAUCCUCGAGUUAUGUAAAUCCUGUGGUACCGUCAUCGACUGUAUUGCGAUGAGAUCACUCCGACGGAGGGGUCAGGUAUUUGUCGUUUUCUCGUCGAAAGAGGAGUCCUCGUCUGCGAUGAAGAAGCUGCAAGGCCACAGUCUGUACAGCAAGAACAUGCGGGUGUCAUACGCUAAGACUAAAUCAGACGCGAUUGCUAAGAAGGAAGGCACCUACGUCCGUCGGGAUAAGGAGAAGUUGAAGGAGAUGAGAGAGGCAGCACAGGCUAAGCUGCAACCCGAUGCAGCCGCACAAGCGGCAGCUGCAGCGGCAGCGGCAGCAGCAGCGGCCAAGGCAGCAGUACCUGGAGGGGCUAUGCCGGCUGGUAUGCAGCCGAUGGUGCCCAACUUUGCAGGUGUGCCCGCUGGGGGCUUCCAAGGCAUGCCCUUCAAUAUUGGACAGCAACAACAACAACAACCUGUUCAACAGAAGAAACUAACUACUGCAGAGGACUUCUUCAACACCUCAGUAUCAGCGCCUAAGGUCGUACAGCACUCUAACGUUCCUAAUAAGACUCUUUUCGUGGAGAAUCUACCCCCGAGGUGCACUCCUGAGAAGCUUACAGCAGUGUUCAAGUCCUAUCCAGGCUUCGAGGGCACACGUGUGAUAGCAGAACGACAGGUCGGGUUCAUAGAUUUCAGUAGCGAGUUCCAGGCCACUAUGGCUAAGAAUGCUAGAGGCGACUAUACUAUGGAGGGGCAGUUGGUGAAGAUAUCCUACGCUCGGAAGUGA